AUGUCCGAACCGGGAGAUGUGACCGUAAUCCUAGAUAAAAACCUAGAAGAUUUGGAAAUUCAAGAAGUUCUUAAAAAUGGUACUGACUUAAGAGAAUAUGCUUUACAAAUUGACAAAAGUAUCAAAGAAGCUGAGAAAAAUUCUGUUGCGGAUUAUUUGAAGGAAAGCGAGAAUAUCGCAUCACUUCAUAAUCAAAUUGAAGAUUGUGACUCUAUUCUUGCGAAAAUGGAAAGUAUGUUAUUGGUUUUCCAGAAUGACCUAGGAAGUAUAAGUAACGAAAUAAUAAGCUUACAAAAACGCUCUGUAAAUAUGUCUGUUCAACUUUCAAACAGACAAGCUCUGAAAGGUCCUUUAUCGUCGUUUAUAGAGGAUAUAGCUGUAUCUGAGACACUCAUUUUUGGCAUCAAUAAUGUUCCUGUUAUUGAUAAAGAAUUUAUGGUCCAGUUAGCAAUUUUGAAUCAAAAAUUAAACUUUGUUAAAGAACAAGAUUUCAAAGAAACUAAAGCCUGUCAUGAUGUGAAAGAUGUUUUAGAGAAAUUGAAGAUAAAAGCGGUAUCCAAGAUCAGAGCCUAUAUAUUGGAACAAAUAUAUAAAUUUAGAAAACCAAUGGCUAAUUAUCAAAUACCACAGAAUGCUAUGUUGAAAUACAAAUUUUUCUUUGAAUUUAUUUUAGCAAAUGAGCGUAACGUAGCACAAGAAAUUUGUAAUGAAUAUAUUGAUACUCUAAGCAAAGUUUAUUAUUCUUAUUUCAAAUCUUAUGCUUCACGGCUGGAUAAGCUGAAAUAUGAAGAAGUGCCCACUAAAGAUGACUUAAUGGGAAUCGAAGAUGGUUCAAAGGGAGGGUUCUUUCAAAAGUCUAAUUUAAAAAAUAAGAGCACUAUAUUUACUAUUGGUAACAGAGGUGAUGUUCUUGCACAACAGUUAGAAGCUCCGAUAAUUGUGCCUCAUGUACAACAAAAAACAAAGUAUUCUUAUGAGGCGUUAUUUAGAAGUCUUCAAUAUGCUUUAGUAGACAAUAGUUGUAGAGAAUAUUUGUUUACAACUGAAUUUUUUCAUGUAAAAGGAAGUCAUGCCCAAGAAUUAUUUGACAGGAUACUAGGAAAGACAUUAUCGUUGCUUGUAAAAAACGUUGAGAACUAUGUUUUAGAAUGUUAUGAUUGUCUUGCACUAUUCUUGUGUAUACAACUUAUAAACAGAUAUCGCUGGAUGUGUCACAAAAGAGCUGUAGCAGCUUUAGACAGUUACUGGGACUCAUUAUUAUGUUCACUGUGGCCGAGACUAGAAUUUGUUUUAAAGUUAAAUAUCCAGAGUGUUAGGGAUUGUGACCCAGCCAAAUUGUCAAAUAAAGAAAUGGGACCACAUUACAUCACUCGAAGAUAUGCUGAAUUCUCAGCUGCUAUGUUAAGCUUAAGCGAACAAUUUCCAUCUGAAGAGCUAAGCAAUCUAUUAUUAAUCCUUCAAGACGAAGUACAUUGCUUCUUAUUAAAAAUGGCUGCCGAAUUUCCACAACGUAUACAGCAAUUAAUAUUUUUAAUCAACAAUUAUGACAUGGUUUUAAGUAUAUUAAUGGAGAGAACAAGAGAUAAUACAAAAGAAGCUGAGAGUUUCAGGGAACAGUUACAGGCAAGAAGCACUGAGUAUGUUGAAGAGAUACUUAGUCCUCAUUUUGGAGGCCUGAUGCAGUUUGUUAAGGAAGGUGAACAAUUACAGGAAAGUGGUAAAAAAAAUGAACUAGCAAAUUUGGAAAAAAAGUCUUUGUCACUUGUUACAUCUUUCACUGGGAGUUGGAAACAAAGUCUUGAAGAAAUACACAGAGAAGUUCUUGUAUCGUUCCCGAAUCUCGUGACCGGGUCGGGCUUACUACAAAUGGCCCUUACAAACUUUGUACAGUAUUAUCAUAAAUUUGUUAAAUUAUUAACACCUAAUGCUCGAACUCAACUUGUUAAUAUUCAUGUAAUUAUGGUAGAAAUUAAGAAAUAUAAAACAAAUUAUUAAUUAUUUAAAAUAUUUAUCAAUAUAUCAAACAAGAGUUUCACUUUUGUAUUUCUAGUUAUAAUCAACAGUGUCAUUUCCACUAAUAUUUAUUUUUGAUCUACAUAUAUAACUAUGAAUUACUAAUUUUAAUAGAAUAAAUAUUGUUUAUGCAAUCUUUUUGAUAACAUUUAUAAUUCAUUUAAAAGCUAUAAAAAUGUUCUUGAUUUUCGAGAUAGAAUAAUGGAUUGUGAAAACUCUCAUCAUCGACUCAUGUGAAGUCGUCUCCAGAAAAAAUUACAACUAAAAUUAAUUAAAAAGUUUAUUUCAGAUGGAAUAAAAAAUAUAUAUAAAU